AGGAUUCCUGUCUACCCCAUUACCCAUAUAUUUGAAUCACCUAUUCGAACCCUAGAUCUAUCAUCUCCUUGUCGCCUCUUCCUCUUAACCCAUUCCUAUAAUUCCCCCAACUUGCUGCAACGCAAAUCUUAAACCUCUACACACCCAAUAGUUGUGAUGGCAUUGGCAGCCCAGCGUAGGAACCUGCAGAUUGAGAAUGUUGUUUUGAACCUUCCUAGGACCAUUUAUUGCAUCGAGUGUAGGAAUACCAUGGCCAAAGACACCAAGAUUAAUUCCCGCAAAGAAAGACCCUCCCGCAACUUGGAGUUUUUGGGGUUUAAAAACAUCAGAUUUCACUUCAAUUGUACCCAGUGCUCGGCUGGGAUCGUCUUAAACACGAACCCACAAUUGUCACGCGUUCUUUGUGAGGCCGGUGCUACGCAAUUUUGUGUUGAUAGACAUCCCAGGCGUAUUCUGCAUAGGCUUGAGGAGGAGUCAAACUGGCAUGAGAACAGACACGAGAUCUUCGCCCAACGGAUUUCCAUGCUCCGGCAAGAAAAACAUAACAUGGAUCAGAAGAGGAAGAUGGAAGAAGUAGGGAAUGCCAUGAAAUCUUUGGAUUUGGAAAGAGAAAUUUAGCAGUUUUCCCUGAAGAUGAAGAGAGAAAGGGGACGCAGAUUUUCACGGUUGUUUUGGUCGUUCAGCAGUAGAAAGAUGAAUUCAAAGGCAGAGAUUUCUAAGGUGGUCGUGAUUGCUCGGUUCAAAAGUUUACUUCUUUUAUUUUUAGAGAGAGAUAGACUUGGAUAGUGGCUACUAUAUGUUAUGUUCUAUUUCUGUGUCAGAGGUUCUUUUUUGCCUCACGAACGUCAAAAUUAAAUAAUUUCAUCAACAAGUCAUUGUUCUUCUUA